CAAUAACCUGCAACGUUGCCACGUUGAACAGGUCAAGGGUCGAAUGUCGGAGUCUUCAUGAAGGUGCUUUUGUCACGGGGGUGAAAGAAAAUUCGUGAAGGGGAAAUUCAAGGAAGUCUGGUUACACGUGGGUCAUGACUACGUCGCACGUUAAGAGAUAUCAGCAUGAGCUUCUGUCCACGGAGACGGUUUCGCAUCACGCCUAUGCGAGUACUGGCGGCGUUCUUUCUAAUGGUCGUGCUAUUCUGGUAUAGCCUCAGUCGGCAAGAGAUUCCGCGGCAACCAUGUAGCGUGCCCGAGGAGUUCACCGAGAAGUUGCACGAUCUCGCUUACAGGGCGCACUUGGUUCUUACUAAGUUGGGCAUCGUUCACUUUCUCUGCCUGGGCGGGCUUUGGGGUCAAGUCCGAAUAGGCCGCGCGCUGCCGUGGGCCCGCAAGGUGGAAUUGUGCUUGGUGGACACGCUCAGAGACGACGUCCUGAUCACAAAAGCCUUCCGCGAGGUCGGUCUGAGCGCGACCUACCUUCACGCGGCGGGCAUCUACAGGAUACAAGAGCACGAGGUCGGCGAGGAUGCGCCCAAGGUGGAGGUGGUCGUUUUCGAGGAGGACGCGGUGACUCAGAUGGUGAGAAGAGUCGGCUGGACCAGGAGAGUCCUGCCACCGGACUGCGAAUUCUCGCCGAGCCUGCAGUGCUUCCCGCCGCAACUGGUAAUACCUCCCUUACCGGCGAAACAAUUCGGCGGCCGACUGAUGCCCGUGCCUCGGGAGGGCAUAGAACUACAAAAGUAUCAUUACCCCAACGAUUGGUGGCUGGAGAUCAAGCCCACCGACUGCGCGGAACCUCAGGACGCGAACGUGUAGCGCGCGAUCGUCUCGACUCGAUCGACCGAUCUGAUGUCAGCAGGUGCAAUCGCGAUGUCUCGGUCAGUCUCGAACGGUGCCCAGCUACGAUCGAAUUCGUCGCGAGUGUUGUCGAAGGAGGUUGUCGUGGGACUUUGUAACGGUUCGGGCAACUCGUCCGCGAUAGACGUGACGGAUGCAAGUGAUGACACGCGCGAUAACAACGCCAGGACUCGAGUACCUUGGUAAUUAUCAGUUGCAAGCUCCGAUCUCAGUUCCGAGGUUGCUCAUUUCGCUGCGGCUCGACGAGGUCGCCGCUUGUGCAGAGCAGGAGCUCGAGAGCGCUGUACUCGUAAAAUGAAAUCUAAAGUAGCGUAUCGUCCUAAAUAGCAAGUUACUGCUAAUCACCGUAGCGACUGUUGCACACAAUUAGACAAUUACGAGUGUAUUGUCAGUUAGAGUCAACGUCAGUCUCCCCUCGGGGCCUUCUUCCGUUCCUGAGAUUCUUCUGUCAUUGCCACUUUACCACUUCCACUUUUAUAUACCUCGUACUUUUACAUUGCUUCCCCACGAAUAUAUUUCGUCUACAGUCAAAAGUGAGAAUUUUUAUAAGUCAGAAGUUUUUCCAUAUUUACUACGAACGAUCAGUGUAGGAUCGACUGGAGAUUUUCAGUGCGUACUGUUUCUAUCGGGGGUCUAUCGGGAAUCUACCGAUUCUUCGAGCUGGGAUUCUUUAAACGCGCGUGAAUUCAAGUCUGUUCGCAUCUUUCAGUAAAGCGCAAAAUACUACACUUGAUUGUGAGUUUAAGUACGAUAAGGGGUAAGCUUGGGGUAGUUGAAACGCAUUGUUAGCUUCAUUCAAUUCCUCGUGCAAUUAUUUGCAGAGUUUUUUACACGUGAACAAUGUCUAUACGUGAAACGACAUGCUUCAUUAAACGACAUGCUUGUUUAAACGAUUGAAUACAGAAGCUGUUACUCUAAUAAGCCGACUUGUCGCAGUCUGUCGUAACCUAGAGAACCGUAAUUGUCAAUUGAGCGCGAAGGAGCGGAGAACAAUGAUGCGUGAUAACGAAAACGUAUAUAUUGUUGCCACACCUCUCCGGUACGAGAUAUUUAUGUGAGCGCACAAGUCUACGUGUGUAAUCUAGCUGUAUGAAUGUGAUUAUAACAAUACGAUCUGUAAUGUUGUAGUUACGCCCAUAAAAUCUUUUGCGGAUUCAGUAAAAAUCUGCAAAAGAUACCGCGAUGUCUUCUGAUUGGAGAAUUCUAUCUGAGUCUGGAUAAAUUUUAGGUGAAAAUAAAAACGGACGGUUAAAACUAAAAAGUAGUUUCUAACAGUUAAAAUGAAAAAAGUGGUUAUUUA